CUGUCACUACUUGUCUCCUCUGGGCAGAUGGCUAGUUGCUCUCGAGUCCCUUCGCACCAGAGCCUAGUCUAAUUAUCUCCUUUUUUUCUCUAAAAACUGACAAGCUAAGGGGUCAGUGUUCGGCAAAGGCCACCUGCCCUCGGAGUAUGAAGAGUGUUGGCCAGAGAGUGAGGGGGGUUCUAUUUAGUGUCUGGUCCCGGGCAGGGCCAGGGUCCUCACGGCCUCACCUUUGGACUGCUACCGUUUCAGGUCUUGGACUGCGAAGUGCCUUUGUUUUGGCAGGUGGCAGAACAAAAACUGAGAAAGGAUCAAAAAAAAGAAAAAAGAAAAGAGAAAAGCAUUACGGUGGGUUCCAGGAAACCCUAGGACUCCUCUGCUUGCAGAGACAACCUUAUUGGGAAUUCUGAGAAAAAAAAAAAGAGUGGUCAGUUUCUUUACUGCAUGCUUGAGAAACUAGACUCUGGAGUGAUUAAGAAGAGAUUGCUGCCAGGCAAUAAUAGAAACUUUAAAGAGGAGGCAUUCGAACAGUAAGGCACAAUCCAAUUAUACCUAAAAGGUUAUCAGCGAUUCAAGGAAUUCUGGUUAUCGGGGGGGACAGCUGGAAGCUACAAACAAGGAACCAGCAGAGUGGUGAGCUGAGAUAUCUUUUACCUUUCUGAAGUGUUCCAAAGACUGGAAAACUCUUGAUUAACUACUGAAUUAGACCAUACUUCUUCAUUUCCUGGGUCAACUUCAUAACAUAGAAGAAUGCCUUCCAGAAGUAGCUACCCUGAAAACAUAUCCCAAACACAGACAAGCAAAUACAGUGAACAUCUUGCCAUGCCAGGUGGCAAAACAAUGAAGAUGGGAAGCAAAAGGAAAGCUUUUGGUGCUGAAACCAGUCCUGUCAUCAGAAGUCCCAAAUCAGACACAAAGCAGAAUGGAAGUUCUUCCAAAGAAGCCAAUCUCUCUAGAGAUGACUUGUUAUUCCUCCUAAGCAUUCUUGAAGGGGAAGUGCAGGCUCGAGAUGAAGUCGUUGGCAUUUUAAAGGCUGAAAAAAUGGACUUGGCUUUGCUAGAAGCUCAGUAUGGGUUUGUCACUCCAAAAAAGGUGUUGGAGGCUCUCCAGAGAGAUGCUAUUCAAGCAAAAGUUGCUCCGUGGCAGGAGGACAUCUAUGAGAAACCAAUCAAUGAGCUGGACAAAGUUGUUGAAAAACAGAAAGACUCUUACAAACAAAUGACGGAUCAGCUUUUGAUGGUGAGAAAAGCUCACAGACAAACGAUAUUGGAGUUAGAGGAGGAAAGAAGAAAACAUACAGAAUAUGUGGAAAAGAGUGAAGAAUUCAUAAAUUUGAUGGAACAAGAGAGGGAAAGAUUUAAAAAGCUAAUAGACCAAGAAACAUCAUACCACAAACACAAGGAAAAGGAGAACAGGAAGAAAGUCGCUGCUCUGAAGGAAGAGCUGACCAAACUAAAAUCAUUUGCUUUGAUGGUUGUGGAUGAACAACAGCGGCUCACUGAACAGCUCACCCUCCAGAGUCAAAAAAUCCAAGACUUGACCACGACUUCUGAGCAAGCACAGAAGAAACUAGCCAUUGCUGAAGCCAAAGCUCAGGAAGAAGAGCACAAAGUGAGCAAGCUAGAAACAGAACUGCAAAGAGAAACCAAAGAGCUCCAGGAGAGCCAGGAAUCAACAAUGGCCAAACUCACCAAUGAGGACAGUCAAAACCGCCAGCUCCGGCUAAAGCUGGCAGCUCUCAGCCGCCAAAUUGAUGAGCUAGAGGAGACAAACAGGUCCUUACGAAAAGCGGAAGAAGAACUGCAAGAAAUAAGAGAAAAGAUGAACAAGGGAGAAGGUGGUAAUUCUAGCAUCCUGGCAGAAGUGGAAGAACUCAGGAAAAGAGUAUUAGAAAUGGAAGGCAAAGACGAAGAACUCAUAAAAAUGGAAGAGCAGUGCCGAGAGCUCCACCAAAGGCUAGAAAAGGAGACAUCACAGAGUAAGGACUUUAAAUUGGAGGUAGACAAACUCAACAAAAGGAUUAUGGAUUUGGAAAAAUUGGAAGAUGCCUUCGGCAAAAGCAAACAGGAGUGUCAUGCUCUGAAAUGCAAUCUAGAAAAAGAAAAGAUGACAACAAAGCAACUGUCUCAAGAACUGGAUGGCUUAAAAGUUAGAAUCAAAGAAUUAGAAACCAUUGAGAACAAGCUAGAGAAAACAGAAUUCACCCUGAAAGAAGAUUUAACUAAACUAAAAACACUGACAGUGAUGCUGGUUGAUGAACGGAAAACGAUGAGUGAAAAAAUGAAGCAAACGGAAGAUAAGCUACAAGCCGCUACAUCUCAGCUUCAAGUGGAACAAAGCAAAGUGACCUUGGUUACUGAAAAGUUGAUUGAGGAAAGCAAAAGAGCACUGAAGUCCAAAUCGGACAUAGAGGAAAAGGUGUACAAUGUGACCAGAGAGAGGGAUGAACUUAAAACCAAGCUUAAAGCCGAAGAAGAGAAAGGAAAUGAUCUCUUGUCAAAAGUUAACAUGUUGAAAAAGAGACUCCAAUCAUUAGAAGCUAUUGAGAAAGAUUUUCUCAAAAACAAAUCAAAACAAGAGAGUAGUAAGUCGACAAUGGCCGUACAUCAAGAAAACAAUAAGAUUAAAGAGCUUUCCCAAGAGGUGGAGAGACUGAAGCAUAAAUUAAAAGACAUGAAAGCUAUUGAAGAUGAUCUCAUGAAAACCGAAGAUGAAUAUGAGUCUCUUGAGCGACGCUAUGCUAAUGAAAGAGACAAGGCUAAAUUUUUAUCAGAGGAACUUGAGGAUGUUAAAAUGGAACUUGCCAGGUACAAGUUAGCAGAAAAGACAGAAUCCAGUCAGGAACAGUGGCUUUUCAAAAGGCUUAAAGAGGAAGAAGCCAAGUCUGGGCACCUCUCAAGGGAGGUAGAUGCACUGAAGGAGAAAAUUCAUGAAUACAUGGCAACUGAAGACUUAAUAUGUCAUUUACAGGGUGACCACACAAUUCUACAAAAGAAACUCAAUCAACAAGAAAAUAGAAAUAGAGACUUGGGAAGAGAGAUUGAAAACCUCACCAAAGAAUUAGAGAGGUAUCGGCAUUUUAGUAAGAGUCUUCGACCUAAUCUUAACGGAAGAAGAAUUUCUGACCUUCAAGUAUUCUCUAAAGAAGUCCAAACUGAACCAGCAGACAAUGAACCUCCUGAUUACAAGAGUCUCAUUCCUUUGGAACGAGCUGUAAUCAACGGGCAGUUAUAUGAGGAAAGUGAUAAUGAGGAUGAAGAUCCCAAUGACAAUGAGCCAACUGUAUCCUUCAAAUGUAACUCAUCUACCACACAUCCGGUCAAUAGGAAGCUAUGGAUCCCUUGGAUGAAAUCCAAGGAAGGCCAUCCUCAGAAUGGAAAAAUACCAGCCAAACAGAAUGGAAAUUAUGUUCAGCCUGGGGAUCUUGUCCUAAGUCACACACCUGGUCAACCUCUUCACAUAAAGGUUACUCCAGACCAUGGGCAAAAUACAGCCACCCUUGAAAUCACAAGUCCUACUACAGAAAGUCCUCACUCUUAUACGAGCACUGCAGUGAUACCCAACUGUGGGACCCCAAAGCAAAGGAUAACCAUUAUUCAAAAUGCCUCCAUAACACCAAUGAAGUCAAAGACCUCUACAGAGAGCCCCAUGAACUUAGAGCAAGGCACAUCCCCUAUUUCCAUGGCUACCUUUGCCAGAGCACCAACCCCAGAAUCCUGUGGCUCCAUAACUCCAGAAAGGACAAUGUCUCCCAUUCAUGUCUUGGCUGUGCCUAGCUCUGCAAGUUCCCCAGAACAGGGACGGUCACCAGAGCCAGUGGAAAUAGGUGCCAAACAUGCUGUCUUUAGAGUUUCUCCAGAGAGACAAUCAGCAUGGCAGUUUCAAAGGUCAAACAGCAAUGGUUCAAGUGUGAUAACUACUGAGGAUAACAAAAUCCACAUUCACUUAGGAAGCCCUUACAUGCAAGCUGUGGCGAGUCCAGUGAGGCCUGCCAGUCCUUCCACUCCACCACAAGAUAACCGAACUCCCGCCCUAAUUAAUGGAACAGCAGGCAAACCAACCAACAAAGUCACCAGCAGUAUUACUAUCACACCAACGACCACUCCUCUUCCUCGACAAUCACAAAUUACAAUCAAGGAGGUGUACCAGCAGACAGUUCCAACACGGACUCCUAAAUUGAAGUCUAUAGUAAUCACGAAACUUCCUACUAAGCCACCACCAGGGCACAUAAAAAAACCAGUUCAUCAUUCUGAUUUUGGAAAGCUGCACGUCAUAAAGAUGGUUAAAUCUAACACUUAUCUUCAAGUAGGAGGAAAAAGGUAACGAAGCUGCUGUGGCCAUCGUGACAAGUCUUAUUCACCAGCAGAAAGACCUGGAAAACUCCAGUAACCACUCAAGGACAAGCAGGCCAAGGGCCAACAUCUUGGUGCAUGAUGGAGCAGGAACCUAAGAAACUAUUUCAUUUGGUAGAAGGAGAAGGGAAGUUCAGCCUGAAACCACAGUGUAUUGGCUUUACAUCAUGAUAUCUGGGACUAGGAAUGUUUAAGUUUGUUUGUUUUUUUUUAAAGUAGUCCUUGAAACAUUUACAGAUAUGUGGGGGAAAAUAAGGUACAAGAUCCAUCUAACUUCUUAGCCUCUUCUUUCUUUGAAUCCAGCCCAGGGAAUA